CUGAGCUAGCCCUACUGGAUGGAUGAGCUGGACGACCACUAGUAACACGUGGUCCUGUCUGGCAAGCACGAUCACUGUUGUUGGCCAAGCACCAUCACUGUUGUUGGCCCAAAGAGUUCCAAUCCAUUUGGAGUUUGCCCGCAUCACAGCACUAGCUAGCAGCAUGGCAAGUUCCCUGGCGCCAUUGGGGCUGGGAGCGGCAACAGGGGACCACAACGCGAAUGCUUGCAAGGCCACCUUGCUCCGCUCGUCUUUCUGCACGCCCAAUCGCCUUGCAUCCUCUUGGAUCCGCUUGGUUCCCUUGACGGCGAGAUCAGCUGCCAUUGUCCCCUCACCCAAGUGCUUCUUUGGGAUCUUCUCUGGGGACAAAGCGCAGCAGCCGCGUGAGGUGCAAACCCUGUCCGUGUACGAGAUCAACGAGCUGGACAGGGGCAGCCCCGUGCUUCUCAAGGGGGACAAAGCCAAGCCAACCAAUGCGCUGGGCGACCUGGUUCCUUUCUCCAACAAACUCUACGAUGGUUGCUUGGAGACGCGGCUGGGGAUCACUGCUGGCCUGUGUGUGCUCAUCAAACACGUUCCUGGCAAAGGAGAUCGAUACGAGGCCACCUACAGCUUCUACUUCGGGGACUACGGCCACAUCUCCGUUCAGGGGGCCUACAUCACGUACCAGGAUACGUACAUGGCGAUCACCGGCGGGAGUGGCAUCUUCAACGGGGCUCGCGGCCAGGUGAAGCUGCAGCAGAUCAUCUUCCCGACCAAGCUCUUCUACACCUUCUACUUGGAGGGCAUCGCCAAGCUUCCGGCGCAGCUGACCAAGCCUCACGUUGCUCCGGCCAAGCACGUCGAGCCAUCCCCCUCGGCCCGUCAAGGGCAGUCCGUUGCUCCAAACUUCACAGAUUAAUAAGUGUGGCACAUUAAGCAAUGCGAUGUAUUUAAGCAGUGAUCCCACUGAGGCACUGCCCUAGAUU